GAGAAAGCAGAAGAAACACCCAAAAACUUUCCCACUUCUGCCAUUUUGAGUUUUGAAAAAUAAAUAACACAACAAAAAGACUCCAUUUUUAUUCGUCUUCUUUCUUGUUUUACAGAGAGAAACCCCAAAGAGACAAGCCACGGUCCGCCAUAGCUGUUAGAGAUCCCCACCUUAGGAAAAAAGAAAGAAAGAAGAAGGACCAAAAUCAUGCCUUCAGGUGCUAAAAAAAGGAAAGCAGCUAAGAAAAAGCAACAAGUAGAAGAAGCAUCUUCUACUCAAAUCAAUCUCAAAUCCAACAACAACCAUGAUUCAAGAAGCCAAGGGGAAAGGGAGAACGAUGAUGGUACUGUUAGCUCUCAGGAAAACUACAAGAAGUCAGGAUCGACUGAGGAAGAUGCUAUCAGAAUCGAGAAGGAUACUGAUGAGCGCAUAGAGAUCACUGAUUCAAGUCAUGAUCAUGACAAGAGCUCUAGUAGCAGCAGUAGUGGCAGCAGCAGCAGCAGCAGCUCGGAUGAUGAGUCCAGGGAAGUCAAGAAGAUUGAUGACGAUAAUAAAGAGACUGGUGAUUCUAUUCCUGAAGUGAUAACUUUGAGUUCUGUGCCAAUUGAACCUGUGCCUAUUGCUGGAGAUGCUCCAUUUAUGGGGUGUACUGCUAAUGCGAUUGUGGAGAAUACCGGUUUGUUGGAUUCUGCUACUCCUAGUGAUCCCAAAUCUGGAGAACUGGUUGAAAUCUCGCAUGUUGAUAUUAUAACCUCAAACGAGACUGACGAGAACCCUUUGCCUAAACCAACUGAGAUUGCCCCUGAAGUUUCUCUUGCAGCUGAUGAGAUUAGGCAGGCAUCUUCAGGUGAAACCGACUCUGAUGUCAAAGAAACGGAGGGGAAAACAUCGCCUCUUCCAGAAUCCAACGGUGUUCCUGAAGGCAGCAAAGAGUCUGAUGUUGUCAUAUCUCAUGAGGAAGAGGCUCCCGUGCGACCAACACAUGGAAUUGCGCAAAGAACCUCAUGGUUAAGUUGCUGUGGCUUGUUUGAUGUGGUCACUGGAUCCAGUAGAUAAACUCAGAAACAGUGUGUUGCCUAUAAACUCGGAAGGUGCAGAUCACGGCUAAGGAUUCUCAGUUUCCUCUCUCGAGUACCUGUCAAAGUUCAGUAACUUGAUGAAUGAAUGUCUAUCAAAUCACAAAUUUUCGCACAUGAAAGAGUACUCUACUUCUAAUAGUCUUCAGAUCAGACAUAUCUACUACAGUAUCUGCUCUUUAUAUAAGUUUUUUACAGCUUCUUUUGUAGUUUUUCUUUGUUUGUCUUCCGUUUCGAUAUGUAAGAUUCCUUGGUUGUCAUUGUCUUUGUUCUCUCAGGUUAUGAGACUUUGAGGCUGUUUAGUGUUUAUGGUGAACUUAAUAUGAUUCAUGUUUUACGUAUAAUAAGACUGGGUUUAUGGAUU